GACAAUUUCCCCAUUUUAACCAUUUUUACAAAGAUGACAUUUGUCCGAUAACACACACAUAUUUUGAAGGGCGGACUUAGUCUUCAAACAUCUGCUGUGUUUACAUAGCAUGUCACUCAGAUCUAAUUGUAUAUACAAGUAUUUAAUGAUUUUCCCUUUUCUAUUCACCAUGAAUAUAUUUUCGAACUAACUAAUGGCUUAAAAUGUUAGGUUUUUUCAUAAUAAUCCUAAUUCUGUUAUGACACUUUAACAGCAUACUGAGAGCGAGACAUAACAUUAGAUUUUGUUUUAGUAAUUCAAAUGAAAUAUUUUCAAAAAAUAGGUUUCCUGAAAAAACAUUCUUGGGAAAUCAUUUUUUAAAGUACAAUUUGUGGCUUUCCUACAUGUAUACAUUCAGACUCAAGCAAAUGCUUUUAUGAAUAUACCGUAUUUUAUAUUCGGUGAUUUUUGAUUUGUUAGAAUGUCCGUCGAAACGAUAUAUCAACAAGUAGUUUAAAUUUUGUAGAUGAAGGUUUAUUGUCGUUUUAUCUGUAAAAAUAAAUGACACAAAUUAGCUUAAAAGGUUGGCGUGAAAGCUGACAAUCUCUGGUUUUGACAUCCUAUGCUGCAAACUAGUAUGUAUAGGAAUUUACUAAACAUAGGAAUAUCAUUAAUGAAGUUUCUGAUCUUAACUAAUUUUGUACUUUGUAUUUUAACUAAGUUUUUAUUUCUAUUCCUGGUAAAAGGGUAGAUUAAACUGCAAAAGGUAAUUAAUUGAUUCCCUUUGCAGAUGAAGAACAAUUAAACAGCAGCGUAUAUAUAGCAGUUGUUGCUACGCUUAGUUUCCUUGCAAUACUAGUACUGACAGUUACUGUAAUUGUACAUCGCAAGGGCAAGUACUUUCGAAGCAGAAUGUCGUCUGAAAAAGAAGAUAAGGGAGUUAAUGAGACAUCUUCAUCUAAAUGUCAGUUUGAAAAUGGUGCGAAAGUGAAUGCCGAAAAACCCGGCCUUCCUCAACAUAACGACAUAAAUGAAAACGACGAAGAAAUGAAGUUUUUGUCCGCCCAAAGUACAGAAUGUGUCGAUAUUGAUUUAAACUUUGGAACACAUGGCGAUGAAAGAAUAAACAAAGCUAGAGGAUCUAGUACAUUUGGCCUUACACCAAAAUCUCAAAGCCGUAUUUGCAAAGACCCGAAAGUACAAUUAAACGAAAACAAGCCAAUGGUUAGUUCAAUGCAAGAUGAGAGCCACAGAGAACAUAAUUUACCGGAUCAAAAUUACUUCACAACUGCUCAAAACGAGGAAUUCCUGAAAAAUUGAGAACAACCCGGCAAAGGAGUAAUUAAAUCAGUUUAUGACAUAUUGUCAAUUUCAUUUCUUUGAACCAUAGGUGAUAUUACGGUUGAAAAGCCAAACACUUUUUAGUAAAGAGAAAAAGCCUAAGUACACAGCGACGGUUUAUGAAUAAAUAUUACUAAACCAUUAAAAGACCUGCUGUCUUAUAUUACAAAGUAACUAAUUGAUUAUCUUCCCAAUUUAAAAUAUAACAACACACACUAUCAAAACAAAACAAGAGUCUUGUGUGGUUACUAUUGUUUAUUUUUCAUAAAAUUUUACAAGACGAUGUAAAGCUCUAUGACUUUUUGUAUUAAAUAUGAAACAAUUAAUAUGAAAAUACUUAAAACAAGUUUAAAGACACUUCUACUCAUUAACAAUUAGAAUAAUGUUAAAUUUUAUGUAGAAUUUGAACCAGCGAUUUAACAAAUAUUUGUGCAGAGUUUACUAAGAGUUUGUUCAUAUUGAUCUACCAUUAUAUGAUACACUGAUAAACGCUCUCUAUAUAUGUGUCAUGUGUUAUAUUUUUGAAUCGUAUUAGUUAGUACUUUAAACAAAAUUGAUUAAGUUCCAACACUGUUUAAACGACUAUAUAGUAAGGUCAGUCAACCCUUGGACCGAUGAUCAUCGGUCCUCGCUUCACUGACUUUAACAAUUGUUGUUUUACAAUAAAAAUACAGCGAAUGGUACAGUUUAACUCUUGAGUACACUCCAAUGUUUUUGUAGGAAAAACACUAUCAGAAGGCGUUGAUUUGUUUGCUCUUUUUUCAAUUUUUUUAAAUGCUUCCUGUUUUCUAGACUUUCGAUUUUCUUAAAUUCGUCACUGUUUUGAUUCGCAAUACUUAUACAUUUCUGCGCUUUAAUUCAUUUUCCGUUACUGUUCUGCUGAUAUAAUCUUUUAUUGUGAAAAUUGUGAACAUAAAAUAAAUAAAACA